CGGCUUCACAAGAUCACCAAUACAGAUCGAUAUAUAGAUCCUGAUUCAUUUGGUUGAGCCCAGUCCCUGGGAAAUUUUAGGUUAAACCGUAAAAAUGACGAUAGACUACAGUCUGAUUGCGAGGGGGGAGGUUAUCAUCGUCUCUCAUCAAAUUGGGUCAGGAAACUACCAUUCCAUUGCUGAGUCAAUGCUGCCUAACAUUCCACUUAAUGUGAAUACGAAAAUAACUUAUACAUCUGAAAGUUUUAUGUAUCAUGUAGUGGUUGAGGAUGGGCUAAUAUACCUCUGUGUCUCGGAACCAGCAUUUGGACGUCUUGUGCCGUAUGCAUUCUUGAAGGAGAUACAGAAAAGGUUUACCUCAGGAAGUUUACCAAUUAGAGCAGCCACGUGUGGUGAAAAUGGCUUACAGAGGGACUUUGAGCAGGUGCUGGCAGCACAAAUGGAAUACUUUUCGACAAGCGAAGAAGUUAACAAAGUGACGAAACUUCAGUCUCAAGUUGACAGCGUCAAAGAAAUCAUGCAGGAGAACAUAGAGAAAGUGUUACAGAGAGGAGACAAACUUGAGGAACUUGAGUCAAAAGCUUCUGACCUGGAAUCAAAUUCAUCUACAUUUCGCAGUCAGACCAGGAAGGUGGUAAGGAAGAUGUGGUGGAAGAACACUCGCAUGACCAUCAUCUUAGCCAUGGUCGCUGUGGGACUCGUCGCCAUCUUAACUGUCAUCAUCCUCUAUGCAACCGGUGUGCUUCCUCCAGACUCGGGGUACUGAAAGGUUUUGUAUAGCCGACUGCUGUUAAUGGGACACUGUGAAAAUUACAUGAGGAGUUUCUUCCAGAUGUGUUCAUUUUAAACUUUCAAAUUAGGUUGAUCAUUGGAAGCAUGGCAUGGAAGUUGUUUAUAUUUGAGGAAGAGAACAUGCAUUUCAGAUACAGAUGUUCUUUAUUGAAUUCAUAUUUAUUGCAUUUAUAACGAAUUGAUUAUGUGAUAGAUGAAAAUGUCAUGGUCAGUCCAAGUGCGACCAUUGUAAUAAGCUUCUUGUUACUGUGAGAGUCGUCACAGUAAAGAUUUCUUAGUGGAUUACGCCCUGUUCCUUCUAAGAGAUGAUAUAGGGCCUAAAACCGUAAUACCUUGAUACUUAGAUGGGACACCUCUAAUCACCUAUAUCAAGAGGUCUUACAUUAUUAUAUGUAAACUUGUGUCCUUGAAAAUAACGUCAUUCAUACCAGAUUUGUACAUUCUGGAUAGGUAAAUUGUAUGCUAUAGAAGCUGGUUCACUACAAUCUUUGUCUGAAAAUUUAUAGUAAUUGAAUCAUAAUAUAUUGUGUAUUUAUAAAUAAAAUUGCUACAUUUUAAAUACGACAGCUAGGUCACACGUUUGGGAGGAUUAAUACUUGUAUGUCUAUGUGUGCACAGCGUCUUAACAUGACUGGAUACUACCUUUAUAGGCUGUUGACAGGAUGUGAUGUAGGUUUAAGUCUGUUGUGGACACUCAUAUUUAUGUAAAAUACGUUGUACGUAAGCAAAAAUUCAUAUAUUUCUUGGUGGCUGAUUCGUACACCAUGUUCUUUUUCUAUCUGAUUUUUUAAAAGGCAUGUUUGACUUUGUAUAUUCAGGCCCACAAUGACCCGUGUCUGUGUGUAGGAUCGUAUCAGCAGUCAUCAGUUGUGUGAAUGAAUACAUAAUGGAUAUGUAUACAGUGCUGGUAUUCUCUAUAAUGAGUGCUUGCGCUGUUAUAAAAAUAUCAAUACUGUAUUGAGGAAGCACAUCAAUGUGUAAAUGGAAGUGUCAGGGGCGGAUCCAGAGGGUUUGGGUGACCAGUUUCCAUAUGCUCUUCUGCAGCUAGGGGGGUCCGGGGGCAUG